AUGUCACCUACUUAUCAAGCACACAUAGCUACGACAUCCUCAUUGGUGGAACCAAAAACUUAUUCAGAAGCCAUCAAAGACCCAAGAUGGGUUGAGGCAAUGCAACAGGAAAUACAAGCCUUACAAAGCAACAAAACUUGGGAGAUAGUAGCUUUGCCCGAAGGAAAAAGACCAAUAGGAUGCAAAUGGAUAUAUAAGAUCAAGUAUAAAGCAUCAAGUGAAGUUGAAAGAUUUAAAGCAAGAUUAGUUGCAAAGGGUUAUAGCCAAAAGGAGGGGAUUGAUUACCAAGAAACUUUCUCACCAGUUGGGAAAAUGAUCAUACUUAGAACUAUUUUAGCACUGGCAGUUUCCAAGAGUUGGCAUAUAUAUAUAUCAGAUGGAUAUAUACAAUGUUUUCUUACAAGGAGAUCUUCAUGA